GCUAUAACAGAUAUUAAAUUACACAUUGAGAUAAAUGUGAUAAAGAUAAAACAGUUUGCAUUAUGAAAAGCAGAGAUAGAAUAAAAAUCUCACAAGAUAUUUUGUUUCGAUACGUUUCCUAAAUUGGACAGGUCCUCUAAGAAAACACAGUGACUUGACAACCAACAUUAUCACUCACACACCAGUGAUAUUAUCAUAUACGAUAUCAACGACAACCACCAGUCGACGCCAGCUAUAAAGAGCGAACUAUUUUCUCGCGGAAAACAAAGAGGAAGGGGGAGAAAGUGAGGGACCGAUUGUGAGAAAGAGGACAAAGGGAAAGCCGUAAAAGGCGCCGGCGCGGCGCGCAGACGCCCGGCGUCCCGACGUCGCUACCCCUCGGGCCGGCUUCAAAAACCCCACCCUGUCACCACCCCGGCGAGAUCGCAGCAUGAGAGGGCCAACCCCGCUUCCCUGCCGCGGCGACGUCCGCCCCUGGCCCUGGGUGGCCGUCCCAGGAUCGUAAUGUUAUGCCGACGGGGAGCAGCUUCUAUCCCGCACGAGUCUACUGCAUCCUUCGCGCUUCCUUCUCGCACUCCGGCGACGCUUUUGCGAGUUUUCGCGCACCGCGGGUUUCCGGCGCGCCAGUUUUCCGCUCGCAGGUUUUCCGCGCGCGAGUUCCGCGCGCGCUCUCCUGAAAAUGUCCCUCCGUUCCUCUCAUCGAACUUCCGUUUCCUCGUGUAAACGUGUCUAGUCUAUUGCGUUUCAAAAUCCCGCGAAGAUCUCUUUUGAUAGUUUCUCGCAAAUUUCCAUGUUUGAGAAUUUGGGAAACAAUCCCGUCGCGCUUGUUUGUCGGUUGCAUGCAAGUGUCUCGGCGGCGAAUUCGCGUGAUCGUUAGACGAGUGUAAGAGAAGUGCUCUAAAUCGAUGAAACAAGUCCAAGGCAGUGAAUAGUAUUGUGACGUGUUUAAUGUUUUGCAUCUUGGAAUCCGACGAAAGGAGGGAUUGACGUGAAAUGAUCGAGAAAUCUGAUGAGGAUGCUGUAGUUUGAGAAAAGGAUAAACAGGACCGAUGUCACGCAGAGAAAAUUAUCUUCUCCGUCCACGCGCGGCUUUUCGCUUGUCCAGAGCAUGAUUGAUGACCGCAACGACUGCCUGGUCGGUUCGAGGCAGCCGAGAUCGUCGGAGCGCCGGAAUAUCCGGGGUUGGAGCCGCGCCGCGACCGAACCGAACCCUGGAAAAGUUAGCAGGCCCAAGAUGAUCGAGACUUAGAUGAAAAUAACCGAGCGGGAGUAAUUUUGGCCGCGAAUGCUUCGUCGCCGGCGAGCGGAGAGAAGCGAGGGACGGCCGCUAGUAGAAUUCACCGUCGCAACCGUUCCAACUGUUUAACCGAUUACAGAAUGCAACGACAUGCGUCGUAGCGGCGCGCGUGAAGCGAGAUGCUGAAGGAAGUCGGCUGCGGCAGCACCACACCCCCGCCGGGAGACGGGGGCGGCGGGGCGAACGGUCGGCAGAUCGGCGCGAACGAAGGUGGCGGCGGGGGUGGCGGGGGCGGUGGCGGUAUCGCCGAGGGUGCCCUCGGCUGCGGCGGCUGCGGAAGGGAGAUCGCCGAUCGCUGGUACCUGAGGGCGGCUGAUCGCGCAUGGCACUGCGGCUGUCUGCGUUGCUGUCACUGCCGGGUCCCCCUGGCCGCCGAGCUCACCUGCUUCGCCAGGGACGGUAACAUUUACUGCAAAGAAGAUUACUACAGAUUAUUCGCGGUGUCCCGGUGCUCGCGAUGUCGCGCCGGCAUUUCCGCCUCGGAACUGGUGAUGCGAGCGCGCGACCUGGUGUAUCAUGUGGCGUGUUUCACUUGCGCCUCGUGCGGCAUCCCGCUGAACAAAGGCGAUCAUUUCGGCCAGAGGGACGGAUUGGUGUAUUGUAGACCACACUACGAGUUGCUGUGCUGCGCCGGCGAUUACGGGGGUGCCGCCGGCAGCAUCGAGGACCUCGGCUCGCCGGGGGUGUCGCCGCUACCGGCUUACUACGAGCAGAGCCCGAUCGCCGCUUCCGGCACGGUGCAGAAGGGUCGGCCGCGGAAGCGGAAGCUGUCGGAAGUCACCGGCUCCGAGCUUCCCGUCACGAUGAGACUGGCCGCUGGAGCGCUCGGAUACUUUCUAGCGGACAUCGCCGUUGCAGAGCUGCUGCAUCCCACGGAGCUGUCCUCGUCGAUGGAGUCGCUGGCCGCGUACGACGCGUCCGUGGGCUCCCCGGGACCGGUGCACCAGAACCAGCGGACGAAGCGUAUGCGCACCAGUUUCAAGCACCAUCAGUUGCGAACCAUGAAGAAUUAUUUCUCGAUAAAUCAGAAUCCGGACGCCAAGGACCUCAAGCAACUCGCGCAGAAGACCGGUCUAUCGAAAAGGGUGCUGCAGGUGUGGUUCCAAAACGCGCGCGCGAAAUGGCGACGGAACCUGAUGCGGCAGGACGGUAGCAACGCCGGUAGCAACGUCGGCUGUUCCGGUACGGCGGUAUCUUCCAGCACCGGCAAUUCUCCAAACGUCGGGCCGGCCGCCAGUAUACUCGGCGACAGCAACAGCAUGCCCUCGACCUCGAUGGAGGAGUUACACGCCCUUCAUCAUUUGCAUUCAGGCGUCUCCUCUCAGGUCUCCUUUUCCGACCUCUACUGACGACGGCUUGAAAUGGAGGAGGACGCUUACAGUAGUCUCUCCAGCCAUCUUGGAUGAGGGAUUAUCGCGCUUCCCCGUGAAUCGACUGACAAUGAGAGAAUCGAGGAGGAACUCGGCAAGUCGAUGACGCGCGUCCACCCGUGGUCUUAACAAGAAAUCCCGCUGACGAACGCUGACGUCGUCGACACGGCAGCGGUUGUUGCAUAAGCCUGGGCUUCCUUUCAACAGUCCAGAGUGUGAUCCUUACCGUGCUAGUCUCUUGAGAACGAUUACUUAAAUUUCGCGAAAGCCGAUGUAGUUUUAAUCUCGUCCGGAAAACAAACUUUGAUUGCGCGAGGUCGGUCAAAGUCAAACGCCUGGCCUUCGAAAAUUUGGACGAAAAUGUGUCAUCGGAUUUAACGAUAGGAAGUGAAUCGUCGGAGGACUUUCCCGAGGGCAGCCUAGUCAGGUAGAAUCUAGCGGAUAACUUCGAGGACGAUUAUGAUUAAAUAAUCAGUGAUAAUAAUCAUAGUUCCAUGCACAUCCGAAUUACCAAAGAUUACUAGACGAUAAUAAUGAUAAUGUAAUCUAGGUACGUAUGCAAAGAGGAUGUAUCAUUAGCGGUUAUAUCGAUAAUUAACAAUGGAGUUUCGGGCACUGUCCGACAUAUGGGGUGUUCCAGAAAGAUGUAUACCAGAUGUAUGGGGCAGGCACGUGUCCAAAAAGAACUUGGAAGAAUUCCUCCUUAAUAAACUUUUCAUACCCAAGUGAAUGUUUUUAAUUUUGACGUUUUACUUACAACUUGAAUCAUGCUUAUUUGAAACUUGAAAAUUUAAGCAUUUCUGAAAUGUUCGUUUUUUUUUUUUACAUCUUCGAUCUACCGAGCGUUUAAAAAUUUGAAAAUUGAGGCAUACAAGGAUGGGAAAGAUCUCAAAAAAUCUGAAAAUCUGAUAAAAGGUUUAAAGUUCUCGAAAUAAUUGCAAGACAUUUGAAUAUUUCUAAUUUGUGAGUGUCGAGAAAAUCGAAUCGUGAGUUUUUUGAAUGUUGCCUAAAUUGUACGUUCUAUGAAACAUAUCAACGCACUCUAAUUAUUGUAAAACGUCGUAUGCAACUGUUUAGAACACCCUAUAGGUUGUCGCAAGGGCCGUUCAAAUUAAAUAAAGACUCGCCCAUGUACGGACACACGUACAUUACAUGUGCAAUCACGUAGGGAAAUUAUUUAAUUUGUCCUCAUUGAUUUUAUACGAGACUUCGCGCGCGACUUUUAUCAGCUUCGCGCUGUUAUCAAUUGGCCGAGGAUAAUCAGUUAAAUACUCAUUAAUUGAACUUACAUAAUUAGACGUUGAUAAUUUACGAUGAUCGAUAUGUUAACUUAUUUAUUUGUUAUUUGAUAUAAAAGUUAUCAAGUAACAACCUUCGAUUGGCAGCAGUCGGUCGUAAAAGAGAUAUAAUCUUGCGAAAUUAUUUUUUGCAAAAAUCGCAAGAGAGAAUUUGAUUGCGAUAAACAAAAUUAUGCGAAGCUCGAUAAAAAUUUAGGCGAGUGUCUACGAAUUUUAUAUUAGCGGCGUAAACGUACGAAAGUUUUUCGUAAAAAAAGAAGAAAAGGGAAAAAAAACGGCGUUCCUCUGCUCGUGCCAAAGAACUUAGCUAAGGAAGAAAAAUUUUUUAACGAGCUGCUGGAAUUCAAAGGGCAUAAUAUAUUUUUGCAAACCGCGGUCCGGAUUAUCGCGUGCCAUUCGGAGGAUGAGAGAGAUUUCGCCUUGAUCGAGCCUUUCACAUUAUGCGUUCUUGCAUUCACGUUUCCCCUCCAAAUCACAUCGUCUUUGAAUUCGAGCAGUACGAGGCGCACACAUACACACGUAUUUUGACGCAAGUUUCACGCAAUCCCGCGCACGUGGUUGCGUAAUGAAGAUUAGAUUGUCGCGAGUACGCGAAACUUUGAUCAAAUUGAACCUCUUGGGCAUAUGUUGCGCGUCAUAUAGGAAACUAUUUAUUUAAUAUAUUUGUUUUAAUUUAAAUCUAAUAUAUUUCUUGUAACAUCGAAAUAUGAGGAGUUUGAAAUGUUGGGAAAUUAUUCGCGUUAAUCAUUGACGAUUUCUUUUUUUUGUUAAUUAAUCAAUCUUUUCUAGUUCUUCUUUCGGUCAUUGAUAAAGGGGUCAUUACGCAAAAAGAGGCCUUUGCAUUUUUGUUUUAUAUUUUUAACAUUUAAUCUGAAACUGUGUGCUUCAAGAUAUCAGCAAAAUUUUGCGAAAACUUGAAACUUAUAUUUUGCGUUAAUUAUAAUAGAUAGCCAAUACUUCAAUAUUAAUUUAAUAAGAAAGGAGAAACUUACAGUGUCCUUUAAAAAAAUUUAAUAACAUUCCAGAAGAAAAUAGCAUUUCGUCCUUUCUUUGUCUAUUUUAUAGAUUGUUAUAUUUAUUUAUUUUUAUUUUAAGUGAAAUAAGGUGAGCCCAAAUUGAAAUAAAGUGAGUCCAAAUACUUUACGGGCAUCCUUCAUGACGUAUCUUGUCACAUAAUGCUCGGCAGGGAAAAUCGAUAGAUCGCACGUUAGGUAUGUGUAGCAUAGCGAUCAUUAAGCGUACAUAUUAAAGAGCGAAUCAAUUAUUUCCAACUCUAUAGACAAAUUAAUGUGCUACAUUCGAGUGCAACUAUUAUCGCAUAAUAAAUAGUUACAUACGUCUCGACUCAGA